AUGGCUCGCUCGCGCUCACCAAGUCGCAACGAUGUUGUUGCAGACUCCGAGGAGGAAAAAGAAAAGCAGUCCAAGGGCAAUGAGGAGGACAAACACUCGGGUGAUGAAAGGAUGGAGGAUGAUGAGAAUGGGACAGGAAACAGUGAUGACGAUGAGGAAGAAUAUGAAAUCGAGGCUAUUCUUGACGCUGAGAUGGGCAUGUUCAAUCCUACCGAAUGGGCGUAUUUUGUCCACUGGAAAGGCUACCCUGAUUCUGAGAACAGCUGGGUUUCCCAGAAUGAUGCUGGGAACGCUAUGCAAUUGAUCCAAGAAUUCUGGAAAGCACGUCCCAAGAAGUCACAGGGGGCUAAAUCCCCUUCCUCCGGGAAGAAACGGACCUCGAUAACGAAACGCGAAUCCAGCGUGAAGAAGGAGACGUCAGGAUCGAGAGCUCGCAAAUCAAGCAACAGAUACCCUAGCGAGGACUCUGACAUCCAGAUCAUUGAGAAGGCACCGCCGAAGCUGUCGAGUACAAAGCGGCGGUUUGCCGUCGAUUCCUCUCGGGCUGACAGCGAUGACGAUGACUCUAGGCCCUUGAAGAAGUCAAAGACGAAUGGCAAACAUCACGCCAGUGGGAGGGUGCCUAAAGUUGAGAAAGAUGAAGGAGAGAGUGAUGCGUACGGUGGAACGGCCGCUGAAGACGAUGAAGCCAUCGUGCUUCCAAAUAUGGAAGCCUACAUGCACGAAUCUAACUGGGAACAGCUGGUUGAACAGGUUGACACAGUGGAACAGGAGGGAGACGGCACUCUGCGUGUGUACCUUACUCUUGAUGAUGGGAAGAGAGCUUCGCAUGAUUCGGCGGUUGUGAGGCAGCGUUGUCCACAGAAGUUAAUCACGUUCUACGAGAGCCAUUUGCGCUGGAAGCCGCCACAUGCAUAGUUUACCAUUUACAUCGCGACCUAGGUUUUUCUUGUGGUGUAUCCUCUAUGUGCUACGGUACUGUCCCUACCCGUUCCCCUGGUGUUCAUUUUAUGGCAAUACCAUUUUGU